AUGUUGAGAGCCUCAAGGUUAUGUAAUGCUCGUCUCGUUCGAUCAGCUCUCACCGUGGACAACCGACGCAUGGGUUUGUCCAUGAUCAAGCGAUGUGAGAGUACAGCCACCAACACCACCAGCAAUGAAAAGAAGGGCGGCUCUGUUCUCGGUACAUUGCUCGGUGUCACAGUGGUUGCCGCCGCCGGUUACGGUGGUGCGGUGUAUUAUGCUUUGCACGACGAUGAUUUCCACGACAUGUUUGUCAAGUACGUGCCUGGCAGCGAACCCGUGUUGAAUUACUUAGAGGAUAUGCACAAGAACGAGGAUCUCUUGAACUAUCGCGAACAAGUCAACUCAUUAAAGUCGCAAGCCGAGGAAUACACCAACAAAGCUAAAGAUUACGGCAACAAGGCCAAGGAAACCGCCAAUGAUGUGUUUGAGUAUGCCAAUGACACUUAUUUGAAGCUCACCGGUCAACGGGAACCUCCCAAAUUGGCCACCAAGAAAACGCCCGUGGAAGUGGUGGCCGCGGCUGAAAAAUCACCUGCCACCGUCGUCAACAAUACCGCUCAACUGACGUUGACGAGCGACAACAAGGAAGAACCCACCGUGUUGGCCGUCGCCGUUGAAAAGCCCGAACCCAUUGUUGUCAAGUACAUCCCCUCCGAUCAUGCCGCCGUGGAUGAAUUGAGCCGCGUGGUCGUCGAAUUAGCUUCCAUUCUCAAUGAUGCAGGUUUGGCCGGUGUAGGACGUGAUACGCUGAAAGACGCCGAGGAUCAAGUGCAAAAAUUGGACAAGGCAUUUUCCUCCAUGGAUGCCGAGCACAGCAACAUCAAAAAGUCGAUUCAACAGUUGGAUAAGCGUACCGAUCAAUUGAGCAACGGCAUCGAUACCAUGCGCAAGCAUGCCAAGGACAUCAUUCAGCAGAGUUUGAUCGAUUCUUCCAACCGUAUUGCCGCUCAGGAAGCCGAGAUGAAGAAGAAGCACGAACAGGAUCGUUUGGAGAUGAAGAAGAGCUUUGCUCAAGUGUUGGCGGCCGAAUUGAACGCACAGCAAGAACGUAUGGAACACGAACGCGCCGAAGCACUCAUUGAACAAGCAGCGGAAUUGCAACGUCGCUUUAUUCGUGAAGUGAAAUACCUUGUUGAACAAGAAAGAGCCGGACGUUUGAGCAAGCUGGAACACAUCAGCGCUCGAUUCAAAGCAUUGGAACAGCAUGCCACUCAAAACGCAGUCCAGUUGGACCAGUCACGAAAAAUUCAUCUGAUGCACGUUGCAUUGAACGCUUUGCACGAAGCGGUGGAUGCACAACACAAGCAACCUUUUAUUGAUGAACUUCGAGCAUUACACAGCAGCAGUGGGGAUGAUAAUGUGGUAUUGGGUACCGUUUUGAAGACUAUUCCUCACGAAGUGGCAGAACAAGGUGUGGAAUCCAUCAAGGGUUUGGCUACUCGCUUUGAAACGGUGGCCACCCAAGUACGCCGCGUGGCUUUGGUGCCGGAAGACGGUGGUUUUGGAUCGCAUAUUCUUAGCAUGAUCAUGUCGAAACUUUUAUUUAAGAAGCAAGGACUCGUUCAAGGCGACGAUACCGAAGCGACCCUUGCACGCACGGGUUAUUAUCUCAAGAUCAACGAUUUAGAAAGCGCAACGCGUGAAUUGAAUCAAUUGAAAGGCUGGCCUAAGCGAUUAGCUCGUGAUUGGAUACAAGCCGCCAGACGCCAUCUGGAGGUGAAACAAGCACUUGAAAUGCCAAGUGCUGCUGUGACAAAACUACAAGAAGACGUCCACAACGAGAUGCAGGGCGCUGCAACCAUCAUCGUCUUGGGCGCUUCCGGGGAUUUGGCAAGAAAGAAGACAUUCCCUACCUUGUACAAUCUUUUCAGCCGAGGUUUCCUGCCUAAACAAUGCCAAAUUGUCGGUUACGCGCGUACAAAGAUGGAACGUGAUGAGUUUGUCAAGCGUGCAUCGGAACAUCUCAAAGAUACAGAGGGCGACAAGAAGAAGGAAUUCAUGGAUAUUACAACCUACUUUAGCGGUGCAUACGAUAAAGACGAUGCUUGGAAAUCUUUUGGAGACUAUGUCGCCGAGCUUGAAAGCAAGCGUAGUCUCAAAAAGGGUCAGAAGAAUCGCAUCUUCUAUAUGGCCUUGCCUCCUUCGGUCUUUUUACCGGUAGCCACCGGGUUGCGCAAAUUCUUGUGGACUGAUGAAGGUCAUUGUCGUAUCGUGGUUGAGAAACCUUUUGGCAAGGACCUUGAAAGUUGUGAUAAGUUGUUGGAGGAUAUGGCCAAGUUAUUCAAGGAAGAUGAGAUUUUCCGCAUUGACCAUUACCUGGGCAAGGAAAUGGCCAAGGAUAUCAUGACCUUACGGUUCGCCAAUGUGCUUUUCAGCCCAGUUUGGAACCAGCAAUACAUUCACUCCGUUCAGAUUACACUGAAAGAACCCUUCGGCACCGAAGGACGUGGUGGUUACUUUGACGAGUAUGGCAUUAUCCGUGACGUGAUGGAGAACCAUUUGCUCCAACUUUUGUCUUUGGUGGCCAUGGAACGGCCUAUCCGCCGUGAUGCCGAAUCCAUUCGUGACGAAAAGGUCAAGGUUCUAAAAUGCAUUAAGCCAAUUGAACUCGAUGACACAUUAUUGGGACAGUACGUCAGCAACGGAGACAAGCCGGGUUAUUUGGAUGAUGAUUCAGUGCCCAAGGGUAGUCUUUGCCCGACUUUUGCUGCCAUGGUACUGUGGAUCGAUAACGAACGUUGGGACAAGGUGCCAUUUAUCGUCAAGGCAGGCAAAGCCAUGGAUAAUGCCAAGGUGGAUAUUCGUGUGCAAUUCCGCAAACUCCCCGGCAGUUUCUACAAGGACGUGGCACGAAACGAACUGGUCAUUCGUGUGCAGCCCAACGAAGCCAUCUACAUGAAAUUCAACAACAAGACGCCCGGUUUGUCUUACGAUACAUUGAUCACCGAGCUGGAUUUGACAUACAAGUCGCGAUACACAAACAUGACCAUUCCAGAUGCAUACGACGGACUUAUCUUGGAUGUGAUGCGUGGUGACCAUUCCAACUUUGUGCGAGACGAUGAAUUGGAUGCUGCCUGGCGUAUCUUUACACCUGUAUUGCACCGUAUUGAAAGGGAACACGUUAAACCGGAACCAUACAAGUAUGGCACCCGUGGUCCUAACUCACUGAAUGACUUUGUCAAGCGAUAUGGUGUGGAACACCUCGCCCAUGAAAACUACCAAUGGCCCAAGCAAAAUGUGGACGGAUAAAAUGUAUAACUUCCCACUACGUCAUGUUAAUCUUAGUUACUAUAGUUGUCAUAUGAAAAAAUAAAAUGAAUAAAAAAGAAAACCUAUCUUCAUUCAAA